AUGGAGGAUACUCAAUCGUUUCACUUGAUUGAAACCAUGGAUACCGUGGAAAUCACUCUCAAUCAUGUUAAAGGACAGAACAUUGUUUAUUGGGAGGACAUCGAGCAAGUCUUUCCUGGAGUUAAGCGCGUUCGCAAUGGCAAAUCGGUGAUCAAGUUUCUUCGGGGUUCCGAUCAACAAAGCAUCAACCAUUGUUCUCGAUUGGUCCAGGAUGUUGUCUUGUCUACCUCUGUCGAACCUACUCCUGCCCCCGUUUCCAAAGCCAUAUCGCUCCGGCAGAUUGCUAUACGUGCAUCAAGAGAGACACGUGAAUCCGAGAUCGUGGAGCGAUUCAUCUCCCUCUUGGCCCCUGAAGUCCGAGAAACAGUUCGAGCCUCGCCGAACAUCUACCAGGCGUUUGCCGAGGCUAUCAAGGAUGGUCACGGGAAGUUUGAUCCAGCAGAGUUUAUGCAAGAACUGAGUGGGCACUUUCAGGAGCUGAAAGAUUUGGUGGUCAAGAACAGUGACUUGCAGGAAGAAGUGAGGCAGCUGCAGGAGCAAGUCCUUAGCAACCAAAAAGAGAUAAAGCAGCUACAGCAGCGAGCUCUUAAUCAGUUAGCCGUGCUCCAGUCUCGUGUGCAAGCCGUCCUGACUCAGACCUACGAACUGCACGAGUACCCGAUCCCUCGUCUCUUUGUUGUCCUUCCGCAGGACCCCUCAGGAUGGGAUACCAUGAGUCCCUUCUCGAACAAGUUUCGACUCUACUUUUUGUGCGAGUGCGGUGAACACACAAAGUCGAUCAACAGCAAGACCAAGAUCCCUCAUCACAUCCAUCUCGCCAAGCAUGAAGGUUACGAGAUCGCUCGACCCAAGGAAUUCUUUCAGCAGUACGGUCCCUAUGUCCUUACGAUUCUCAAGAUGCUCAAGUUCGGAGUCACGGUCGCUGGCGUUGCUAUGCCUGCAUUUUCACAAUUGAUCAGCCCAGACGUCCUGGGCCAGACUAUCGAUGAUUUGAAGCAGCUGCAAGAUGCCCUAGGUCUCGAGGGGCUUACCGGGCAGGUGGAUAACAAGGAAGCUUUGGAGGGUGCAGAUCUGCGCAAGCUGGAGACGUUCCUGAAGGACAAGGAUGGAAACAAGGUGCUGGGAAAUCUGUACAGGACUGUAACGGACGAGGGACAUGUCAAAUGGGUGUGCAUGGACCAUUACCGCGAGAACUACAACAAGACGGCAGCCGAAGCAUUCCGACGUGCAGUUGAUGCAGUAGGAGGGUCAUUUGACGAGAACAAUGGUCAAGUGAAAGUGGAGCUUCGGUCAAGAGUGAUGGCAGAGCAAUUCUAUUCCGCGCUGGGAAAGGCCAGAUAUGUCUAUGAGCUCGUUAUCAACCUGGCUUUGGAGGGCACCAAAAGCGAUCUUGAAGCUCUUGCAGAUGCACUCAAGACAUCAAACGUGUCGAUUCUUCAUCUUAAUCUCCAAUACUUUCGACCAAACUUCAGCAGCAAACUACAACCGACAUCCGCACGAUACGGUGUUCUUUGUCGCAUCAUGAAACAUCCAAAUAUGAAAAUGAUUCAUAUUGUCCUCCCGAGCGAUCUCAUCAGCCUUUCCAUUUUCCCAUCAAAACCACCAUCCCAUCUUCGCAAGUUAUCCUUCGAGAUGGUGCCUGAAAUGAUUAAAGCAAAGGAACUUGGACAACUGUCAGAGACACUCAAGACCAACUCGAGUCUGACCACUUUGAACUUGGAGCGCAACUCGAUCGGAGACAACGGAGCUCAGGCGCUGUCUGAGGCACUCAAGACCAACUCGACUCUCACCACUUUGAACUUGCUGCGGAACUCGAUCGGAGACAACGGAGCUCAGGCACUGUCUGAGGCACUCAAGACCAACUCAACUCUGACCAUUUCGGGUGUGUAA